AUGGAGCGGGGGUUGGGGCUGGGGAGGGGGCACAGCUGGAGAGGCUGCGGGGGGCUGGGGCUGGGGAGGGGCACAGCUGGAGAGGCUGCGGGGGCUGGGGCUGGGGAGGGGGCACAGCUGGAGAGGCUGCGGGGGGUUGGGGCUGGGGAGGGGGCACAGCUGGAGAGGCUGCGGGGGGCUGGGGCUGGGGCUGGGGAGGGGGCAGAGCCGCGGGGGGCGGUGGGUCAGUGCGAGGAGGGGGCAGAGCUGCGGGCGGCGGUGCGGGAGGUGAGGCGGGACAUGUUAGAGCUCAGGGACAGUGUGGAGCAGCAGUUGCGGGAGGCGUUGGCGUUGCUGUCGCCGCUGAGCCGCAGUCUGACCGCCCUCCAGCGCGACCACCGCCAACUCCGGCUCCAACUCCAGCGGCUGACGGCCGGAGGGGAGGGGGGUCUGACCCCGGGCAGCGGGGGGCGACCCCCCAGCCCCGACCCCAACAUCAGCCCCGACACCAGCCCCGACAUCCCAGCCACAAGCCAACCUGGAGAAAGGACAGAAGAACAGAACGGGAUAGGAGGCAGCAGGAUUCUAUAUGCCCCUGUGACAGAGAACAGCCCGCAUCCCUGGAGAGUGCAAGCGGGAAGGGACGGGAGCUCAGCCCAACACAGGGAGACGGGCAGCUUGCCAGAGCACCAGCCAGCCUUGGUGGGCAUCCCACACAUGCCCAUCACCGCUGUCACCAAAUCCGGGGAGAGAUUCUCUGGCGAAACGUCAAAGAGCACGGUGUUGAGAUCGGAGAGCAGUGAGCAGGGGCAGGUCACCGUGAGCAAACCACAGAACCAGGGGCUCAAUCUAACCCCAAACCAGCCAGAUGAGAGCGCUGUGGUUGGUAAGGCUCCCUCCUCUGUCAGCUACCCGGUAUCCAGUGGGGUCCAUUCCCCAACCAGCGUGCUGGACCUUUACCCAGAUCCAAAGACCAAAUGCCAGUCUCCGCCACCAACAGUCCAGCGCCAGGGGGAGAAGCGCCCCCUGCUGGUGCGGUCACAGACUCUGCCUCGCACAUCAGGACCUCAGUCCAGGAAAGGUCUCUUCGAGAAGUUCGAACAGGAGGCUGGCAAGGGCAAAGCCGGGGACUCCAAGGGCAAGUUGAAGCGAUCGCAGAGUUUUGGGGUUGCCAGUGCAAGCAGCAUUAAACAGAUCCUCCUGGAGUGGUGUCGCUCAAAGACAAUUGGAUACAAGUUGGUCGACAUCCAGAACUUCUCUUCGAGCUGGAGCAACGGAAUGUCGUUCUGCGCUCUCGUCCACUCCUUCUUCCCCGAGGCCUUCGAUUACGAUCAGCUGGAUCCCAAGAAUCGCAAGCUCAACUUUGAGCUGGCCUUCAGCAUGGCAGAGAAGAUGGCGCACUGCGACCGGCUGAUCGAAGUAGAGGACAUGAUGGUGAUGGGCAAGAAGCCAGAUCCCAUGUGUGUGUUCACCUACGUUCAAUCGCUCUACAAUCACCUGCGACGCUUUGAAUAACUCACCCCUGGAGAGAGGGGGGGAGAAAGAGAGAGAGAGAGAGAAGGAGGGAAGGAGAGAG